CCAAAAUACCCCCCCAACCAUGGCUGCCCGUCCCUCCAACAUUGGCAUCAAGGCCAUUGAGCUCUACUUCCCCAGCCAGUGCGUCGACCAGGCCGAGCUCGAAAAGUUCGAUGGCGUCUCCCAGGGCAAGUACACGAUUGGUCUCGGCCAGACCAAGAUGUCUUUCUGCGACGACCGCGAAGACAUUUACUCUCUCGCCCUGACCACCGUCUCCUCGCUGUUCAAGAAGUACAACGUCGACCCCAAGACAAUCGGCCGCCUCGAGGUCGGCACCGAGACGCUGCUGGACAAGUCCAAGUCGGUGAAAUCUGUCCUGAUGCAACUGUUUGAGGAGUCUGGCAACUACAACGUCGAGGGUGUCGACACGGUAAACGCCUGCUACGGCGGCACAAACGCCCUGUUCAACUCGAUCAACUGGGUCGAGUCCUCUGGCUGGGACGGCCGUGACGCCGUCGUCGUCGCAGGAGACAUUGCCCUUUACUCCAAGGGCGCCGCCCGCCCGACUGGCGGAGCCGGAUGCGUGGCCAUGCUUAUUGGCCCCAACGCGCCAAUUGUCAUGGACGCUGGCCAGCGCGGUUCCUACAUCAGGCACACAUACGACUUCUACAAGCCCGACCUUACGAGCGAAUACCCCAUUGUCGACGGACACUUCUCCCUCCGCUGCUACACCGAGGCAGUGGAUGCCUGCUACAAGGCCUACAACGAGCGAGAGAAGACGCUCAAGUCGCAGCAAAACGGCAACGGCGUCAACGGCAGCAGUCACCAGAUCGAAACUGCUGUUGACCGCUUUGACUACAUGGCUUUCCAUGCCCCUACCUGCAAGCUCGUAGCCAAGUCGUACGCGCGCCUGCUGUACAACGACUACCUCGUCGACCCCUCCAACCCCAUCUUUGCUGAGGUCCCAGCCGAGCUUCGCGACCUGGACUACGCCACUUCGGUCACGGACAAGACUGUCGAGAAGACAUUUAUGACCCUCGCCAAGAAGCGCUUUGCUGCCCGCGUCCAGCCCAGCAUCCAGGUCCCAACCCAGUGCGGUAACAUGUACUGCGGCAGUGUCUACGGCAGCUUGUGCAGCUUGCUCGCCAACGUCAACAGCCAGGACCUGCAGGGCAAGCGCAUCGGCAUGUUCAGCUACGGAAGUGGUCUGGCCUCGUCCUUGUUCUCCUUCACUGUCAAGGGCAGUACCGAGAGCAUUGCCAAGCACCUCGACAUUCAGAACCGCCUUGAGAGCAGGCGUGUAGUGGCCCCCCAGGUCUAUGACGAUAUGUGCCACCUUCGUGAGCAGGCUCAUUUGCAAAAGGACUUCACCCCCAAGGGAAACCCCGACACCAUUGUUCCCGGAACAUACUACCUUACUGGUGUUGACAGCAUGUUCCGCCGCACAUACGCGAUCAAGCAGUAG